GCGGGCGCCGGCUCGAGCAGCUCCCUCGCCCGCUCCCUCUCCCCCUCCCCCUCCCCCAGCAAGUCCUCCGCCAGCGAGUACUCCCUCCCCUCCGCCCGCUACGACUCCCGCUCCAGCCACCGCCCCCCCACAGAGCCAGAGCCCGACGAGUUCACGACGCCCGUCGCUGCCCCCUGCCACGACCGCCCCGACCUCAGGCCGCCCCAGUUUGUCGUUCCAGCCUCGUCGAGCCCCGGGUCUCCACCCCCACAGACACUGCCCGUGCUCGAACCGGUCGGCGAUACGCCCAGGAGCGCACCCGCCCACACGUCGGGUUUCGGCGGCGCCGACGGAAACAAGGACUGGGAAGAGACGCUCAGGGGGCGGAACAGGCGAACCUUGCCGGCCAAGGUCCCCAGCAGUGCGACUCAUCUAGCAGGCCUUCUCGAUGGCAGCAUUCACGCUGAACCGGGCCACGCACCCAUCUCGUCGUCACCCACAUCCAUCUCCCCGUCCACCUCCCCGUCCAGCUCACAGCCCAGCACACACCAACUGCCCACCAUCACCCACACCCCUCACUCGCCCGUAUCCUCCCCUCCGUCCGGCACCCCGGCACGUCCCGAUCGAUCGCCCUCACGGGGCGCGACACCGAGUUAUUCAUCCUCCAUCACAGAGCUCACUGACAUGCUGGGCGGCGCAAUCGACGAAAUCGGACUGAUUGACUCGCGAGAUACGCCGCCGCCCAUGGUGGGAGAGCCGGGUAAAAAGCAAAAGCCCGAUAUGCGGAUUGAGCUAGACAAGGCGAAAGGCUUGGAGCCUGCCGCAGAAGUGGUCAACAAGGGGCCCAUGACGCCUACCUCGUUGCCGGCAAGAGGCGCAUCGUUGUCUUCCACGACGUCGCCGCCGCCGCCGCCGCCGCCGCCGGUACAAGGACCGACAGAGAUGGGUGCCGGUAUAGCCUCCUCUUUCCCACUCCACCAACCGGAACUAGAAACCACUUCCAACAACCCCUUCUCAUCCCAAGCUGGACCCUUCACCCACUCACCCACCACCCUAUCCUUCCACUCACCCACCGCCCAUCCCUGGCCAUCUGCCAUGUCCAUGUCCACAUCCGCCCUCAAAUCGCAUAAAUCCGCCGGCGCCCGCGCGUUGGCGUACGCCCGCGCAAUCAAUGAAAUCGCAAGGGCAGAAACGGGCUUGAAAGCGUGGUGUGCUGCCGCAGCUGCCGAAGCGCACCGCCGACCCAUCCACCAUGCCCCGUCCAAAACCCAAGCGCCGGCGUCUUCUUCCCCCCCCGUUGGUCUUUCGCCGCAUCCGAGAAACGUUUCGACAGGAUCAGAAUUCCCGAUGCGUGCGGAUUCAUACACUGCCAGAGAAAUUUCACAACGCGUGAUCGAUCCGGCAGACCAGCCAACAGCCUUGCCUCCCAACUUGCCGUACCCGCAACUCCAAGCCCAAAUCAACUACCACCACCAGCUGUCUCCAGGGGGUAGCAGCCUUGUCGGGGGAGGCGGUUUGAAACCGUCUCAAUCGAUGCAAUCGGUAUCAAGCUUUACAUCCAGCAAAAAGGGCGGCGGCGGCGGCGGGGGCGGCGGCGGUGGCUUUUUCUCUGCGAUCAGAAAGGGAAGCAGCAGAAAGGAAAGUAUGAGCAUGUCGUUAGGUCCGCCGGGGGGGUAUCUGGGCGGCAGUGCGAGUAAGAAGGAUGUCAGAGGUUUACCCAUCUCGGCACCUCGGUCUGCCAGUCCACAAAAACCAGACGGCACGACGACGACGACGAGCUCGCCCCGAUCGGGAUCGGGAUCAGGAUCACAUACGCCCAGAGUACAAACCGUACCAUCUCCGAUGGGACCCCGACCGCUCGGUCCACGAGGACCAGGCGCAAGAGGUAGUUUUACGCCCCCAGGCCGGACGAGUUUGGAUACCGCCGCGCCAUCUCGAAUCUCGGUCGUGUCGCCCCCGCGGAACCUGAGAGCGUCGAUGGAUAGCGUGAGGUUGGUGGGUAAGACCUCGGCGCCGCCGCCCUCGGGUACAGCGACAGUGGCGGAUAGUGGAGAGGACGUAAAGUAUAUGGCAGACGUGCUGCCGUAUGUGGAAAAAAGCGUGUUGAGAGCGUAUCUGAACAGAUACGGUGGUGACCAGAUGCAGGCUCUAGGGGCGUAUUUGGAAGAUGAAAAGAAUGGUGCCGUUCGGUAGACCGGGGUUUGUCUUUACUAUUGUCCUUAGAGAAUCUCUGUGUACAGAUUCAACGAUUCCAGAAUGUAAGAAACAUACGACGAUUUUUGAACACUUUAACAGUCCUAGUCAUUUAUAUACGUGCAUGCAUACGACCCCG